UGUCUGCUAAAAAAUUAAGCAUAAAUUAUCAUAUUUGGGUAGUUAAAAUUUUAAUAAGAAAUAUAUUUUUUUGUUGCAGACUCUUUAUCAGAGGAUUUUGAUGGUUCAUCUGACGAAUAAUUUGUUGGUUAAAUAAAAUACAACAAAAUUAUUUCUAAUUAUAUAAUUGAUUUCCUUUCUACAACUUCUUAUAAUAUUGAAUUAAGUAAUAAAUAUGACAGAAAAGAUUAAAUCACUUUUUCAUAAGGCAAAGUUGGACGUGAAAUUUAUGAAUGCUGGAAAAGGACACAAAUUGACAGAAUCAACUAGCAAUGUUGGGUCUACUUCCACAGUAGAGCCAAGAAAAAGAGUAGAACCUACGAAAGAAGCUAAAGUAGCUGGUCAAGCAGCUUUAGCAAGAUUGGAAGCGAAAGAAUCUAAUGUAAAAAGAUUUAACACAUCAUAUGCAGCUAUUAAAGCACAAGUAAAACGAGAAUUAGAGCAAGAAAAACAAGCACAGAAAAACGUACAAAAAAAUCAUGUGCAACCAGAAGAAAAAGCAGCUGAGGAUAAUUCUUCAUUAGCUGUUAGCUAUGUAUGCUAUCGUUGUCCGUAUUUGUCUGAUGAAGUAUUACCGCAAGAUGAAUGGAAAGUAAAAAUAAAAGAAUUUUUAUACGAACAAUUGAAAGGGGAAGAUGCAGGUUUAAUAUCAUGUUUAAUUAUACAAAAUUGCAACAGUAAAAAGGAAAGAAUUGAUACCUGCGUAGAUACACUUGGGAAAUAUUUAGAAAAUAUCAUAAAUAUUCCAGAAGAAGAAAAGUAUAAGAAGAUUAGAAUGCAGAAUAGAGUAUUUCAAGAUAAAGUAAUCCCAAUUGAAGGUGCAUUAGAGUUUUUAAAUGCUGCUGGUUUUUGUCAAAAAAAGUUAAUGAAUAAUGAUGAAGAGGAGGAUUUUUUAGUCUGGAACGCCAAUAAUUGUAAUAUUGAUGAUCUCAUCAUAUUAUUGGAGGCACUAAAAACUGCACAGCCUAUUCCUUUGGAAUUAGAUCGAAAUCUUCAAAUAUUGUUACCCAUGCAAGCAAACAUGAGAACUGAAUUGCCACCAAGCUUUUUCAAUUUAACUCCCGAGGAUAUAGGAAAAGAACAACAACUUCGAACUGAAGCAGUUGAAAGAGAUCAGAUGUUAAGGACAAAAGCCAUGAGAGAAAGAGACGAAAAACAGAGGCUCAGAAAAUAUAAAUUUUCACUGAUUCGUAUAAAAUUUCCAGAUAAUCUUAUUCUACAAGGAACAUUUUCUGUACAUGAAAAUUUUCAAAAUAUUGUUAAUUUUGUUAGUGAGAAUUUGAUAAAUAAUGAGAGACCUUUCAGUUUAAAGAAGCUUCCUCAAACAACAUUUAAUGAUGAUUGUUUUGAUAAAACAUUACUUGAAUUGGGAUUAUUCCCUGCUACUCUUUUGAUGUUUUUUUGGAAAAAUAUGUCUGAAGAAACAAGUCACAAUGAAUCAAUAGGAUACUUAAAAGAAGAAUUACUUUCUGUUAUACAACCUGCUUAAAUUUAUAAUAUUUGCUCUUUAUAAAUUGUAAUUAUUAAUGUUAAAAAAAGUAAAAAUAGAUUACUACGUGGCUUAUUUCUUUUGAUAUAAUAGAAACAAUAAUAUAAACAAUAUUCAUUCCAAGUUUUGAUAAAAUAAUAGAAUAAUUUCUUAUUCCUUUAAUCUUAUUUUUCAAUAUUUGCGAAUAAAGUUUAUGUGAUUAUUAAAUUUAAAGUCACUUUCAUCAGAAAAAUUUAUGUAAUGCUUUAUAAUAUAUGGAUAUACUGACAUAUGGAAAUUUAGGCAUUUUACGCAGGGUCGUAAUGGAUUUUUAUUUUAUCAUUUAUAUAAGUCCUAAAAGUUUUUUCCUAAAAGAUAUAAAUAAACAAAAUAUA